UCGAGUGCCUCAUUCCCCACAAGCCAGCCCACUGAUGGAGAAUUAUGAAACAUGAUGGAAAUACACAAACAAGAAGAUCUGUUUGGUAAGGGCCCACCCCUCUCUGUGCGAUAGGCAGCGGCGCGAUAAUAUUUCAGAGAGGAGAGAAGCCCCACAUACAGAGCGGCGGCGGAUUUCACACACGCACUGACUUCCACACAGAGACUCCCUGUCCCGGAUCUCCCGCCGGACCGCACCUGCUCUGCAAUCUCAUGAGGGCUCCACUGUAACUAACUAGAAAUGAACAAAACAGUGACAGAAGUAAAAAAAAGGUGACAAUGACUUUCAAUGCAAUUGAAAGUUACACUAAGGCGUAUGCAAGUUUCAAUACCUCUUCAUUUCCACUUGAGAAUGCUUUGAUACAGUCCAAUAGAACAUGCACUUUGUCAGAAAGCUGGGAAUGGAUAUUCUCUUUCCAACCAAUUUAUAUGUGGAUAGUAUUUGUGCUUGGUUUUAUAGAGAACAUGUUUGUCCUUAUAGUCUUCCUGCUACAUAAAAAGCGCUGUACCGUGGCUGAAAUUUACCUUGGAAACCUGGCAGCUGCAGACUUUCUCCUUGUAUGUGGCUUACCGUUCUGGGCCAUUUAUAUUUCCAACAAAUUUCACUGGCCCUUUGGAAGCUUUCUCUGUGUUUUCAUCAAUGGCCUGAUUCAGUUGAACCUAUAUGGCAGCAUUUAUUUCCUUAUGAUGGUGAGCAUUGACCGAUAUUUGGCACUUGUCAAAACAAUGUCAUUUGGAAGAAUGAGAACAGGGAGAUGUGCAAAGCUAAACUGCCUGCUCAUUUGGAUAUUUGCAGUGGUAUCAAGCAUGCCUAAAACAAUUUUCAGAAGAAUCCGAUAUUUCCCUGAGUUCAAUGUCACGGCCUGUGUAAUUGAUCCUCCAUCUCCGAGCUGGAAUGUGGCCUCGGGAUUACUGCUAACUCUUGUUGGCUUCCUCAUACCUGUAACUGUUAUUUCUUAUUGCAGUUUCCAUAUAAUAAAUGUUUUAAGGAACAAUUCAAUGCAAGAAUUUAAGGAAAUCAAUAAAGAAAAGAAGGCCUCGGUCUUGGUCUUGGUCGUCCUUUUAGUGUUCAUUAUCUGCUGGCUUCCAUUCCAUAUUACUACGUUUAUUGAUACAUUGCAUAUGAUGAAUCUGUUCUCCAGCUGUGCUAUGAAUAAUUUUAUUGAAAUUGCCAGCCAGAUCUCAUCAUACCUAGGCUAUAGCAACAGUUUCAUCAAUCCACUGCUCUACGUUAUGGUUGGAAAUCAUUUCCGGAAGAAGGUCAAGGAGGUUUAUAAUCAAUUCCAAAUACGGAAACAAAGAGGGAGAAAUGCCUCCAUUCCCACAGAUUUUACAGCUGAUACUGUACGUACUUCCAUCUCUAUGGAGCCACAGAAGAACAGGAUAUUGUUAUGAAGUUCUUUAAUGAAUAAGAGACGUAUUGUGAAUGAAUGUUGGAUAAAACAAGUACUGUUAAUAAGCUAAUAUUUAUUAUUUGCCAUUUUAAAUGUUGCAUUUUAGCUAAAAUUCAUUCUUAAUAUAGGAUCUAGUAUUAUUUCUAGUCAUUUUAAACCUCACUGAUACAGUGGAAUGGUGCCCCUUUGCUUGCUUUAAGGCCAUAAUUUCACCUUUUCAGCAUUCUAUGAUCCAAAUGCUAGAAACAGAAAGCUAUUUCCUUUGACUGUUGGUGGAUACUGCAGGGUCACAGCUAGGAAGUCUCACUGCUUUUUGAGAUAAAAUUGAGUUUAGCUUUGCUGUCCACAAAAAAGCUUUACUACCACUAUUUCUACUUGAUAUUUUUUAUAUACGGCAAAAUCAGCUUAUUUGUUAAAAUAAAUUAUCUCUUCUUAGAAAGCCAAGGGCAUUCAUCCUAUUUCUAUCCUAUUUAAAAUUCCUUGUUUCUUUACUGUUGAAAUAUCUUUAGGAACUGGAAGUGAGCAAUGCAUCACAAUGCUCCUUCUCCAACCUGCUGAAUAUAGGUACUUGUUGCUGAGGUACAUGAGUUCUCACAAAUAUAUAUAUAUAUAAAUAAAUUUAUAAGUAAAAUGUUAUGGCAAAGGCAUUGUGUUUCAGUAUGUCAUUUCAAAAAUUGUUUGCUUUUUAAACUUUGUGGUUGAUAUUUUUCAUGAGUCUGUAUUGCUGUUUUUGUAUUUGGAGCACAGCUUUCUCCAGCCCUCCAGUUCAUUUUGAACUUCAGCUGCCAACACCCACAGACAGGAAUUGUGAUGGGAGACAUGAUUUAAUACCAGCUAGAAGGCUACAGGCUUGAACUCCUAGCAAGGAUCAAAAAAUCAGUUAUUCGCUUUUCUUGUUAAAAAUGUAUUCCUAUAACAGUGUUUGUAAUAUGUACCUAACCAACUACUUAAUGAAAAUGUAUUUAACAUUUUUUAGCAUUUGUACAGCAGUGAUGAAGGACUAGAUACGGAAGUGUCAGCUAAAAUAUAGCAGGCAGAUUAUCCAGGCAAUAUUCAUUUGUUGCUUGGGUAUCACAAAGUGCAGAUGUCCAUCACUGACCCCUGACUGACCAUGAAAUACAUUAACUUAAUUGCAAUAUGUGUACACGACUACUUAAGUGUACCUGGAGGCGCAACCAAUUAUUGCAAUUAUAUCGGUUCUAGUCUCACCGUCAAAAGACUUUUAUAGUCUGUUAUACAAGCUAAAGGAAAUGCAAUUUUCAUAAUUAUUUCUGGAUUUUACAUUAAUCAUGUAACUGAUGCUAGGGGGAACAGUGUGAUAUUUAAGCUUCAUCUGUUUUCAAGGGUAACUAUCAACACAAAAGGAGCCAUCCAAAAAUCUCUCCCCUAAGGAAAUGUGGAUGAACAAUACAGAUCCUGUUUUUCCCUUCAGCAUAAGAAAGGAAGUGUGAAACUAAUGCCUUCCCAAAAGAGAAAUGACAAACAUUGUUUUAAAACAAGUUAACUUUUAAAGCUCUGGAUAUUUGCUUAGAAUUGUAGGGUUCUGACCACUGUCAUUUCUACACUGUCCAUUAUCUAUUAUUAGAUUCCCCACAUAGCUUAAAGGAACAGUAACACUAAAAAAUUAAAGAGCUUUAAAGUAAUAAAAAUAUAAUGCACUGUUGCACUGC